UUUUAUUUUAAAUUUCAUUGCCCAUUUAAAUUUCUUGUUGGUCAUUCUAUAGUUGUUUUAAUGCAUUCCUUUAGAUUAUUGAAGCUACAUUACUACUCCAUACAAAUAUAUGCUUCAUGGCUAGUAAUAAGAGUGAUUACUUGCACACCAAUUUGAAUGUGCCUUCGGAUAUAAGGAGAAAGAAAAUUAGCGGGCAACAAAAGAGAGAAGCACUAGAAAGAGAGGUUUCUGUUCUUGAGAAAAUGUUGAAACAAGAAGAGAAGGUGCAUGAAAUUUUGGGGGUUUUACAAAAAAAGAAUGAUGCAUCUGCCUUCUCUAUCCCUAAUUUCCUUCCUCCUAAGGCAAAAGAGCUCUUAGCAGAACUAGCAAUGGUGGAGAGUGAAAUAAUCCGAUUAGAAUCACAAAUAAGCCAUCUCAAACAAGGUUUAAAACGUGAACAAGAAUUGACAAAGGACACAAAAUCAAAACAAAACCAACUUAAAAAUAGUGCAAAUUAUGUUCAAACUCAAUUAUGGAGUAACGCACCAUUAACAAUGCCAAGCCCUUUACAUAGAAGUGGUCAAGAAAAAAUGGGAUUUGAGUCUAAGGCAUUGCAUUUCAUAAGCAAAGCAAUUAAAGGUGACUAUAAUAAUAAUGGUAAUGGAAAUGACUUCACUUUGGACCAAAUUGGAAGCUCAAGAAUUGAAUUUUCUGAUCAGAAACAAAAUCAAUUUCAAGAAGUUAGUAAUUUUCAAGAUAGAGUUCCAAGAAAAAGUGGAUUGCUUAAGUCUCCUUCGCCUAUGAGAGAUCCUAGGCAUCCAUCUCCCAAGCCAAAAGAGCGACACGUGGAAUUCGCGAUAGACCCCUUACCAAAAUCACUAUCGAACGCAAUUCUAUCAGAAGAAACUAAUAUCCAACAACUCCAACCCAACAAGUUAUCAGAAAACAUCAUCAAAUGUUUGAAUUUCAUAUACAUAAGGUUACUAAGAACAUCAAGAGCAAUGGAAUUAGAAAAAUCAGGUCCAAUUUCUAGGUCAUUACAAGCUUCAUUAAGUUUCAGAACAGACACAAGUUCAAACUCCAAAACCAACCUAAUUAUGCUACAAAAGGAAUCAAGACAGCAAGACCCAUAUGGCAUUUUCAAUUCUGAAGAAUCUAUUACAAGAGACAUCGGUCCGUAUAAGAACUUGGUUAUUUUUACAUCAAGCUCCAUGGAUCCUAAAUGUAUUUCAAGUUCCAGCUCUAUUCCCUUGUUGAAAAGAUUAAGGGUGUUGAUGAACAAUUUGGAGAGUGUGGACUUGAGAUUCUUGACUUACCAUCAGAAACUAGCUUUUUGGAUCAACAUGUACAAUGCUUGUAUCAUGCAUGGCUUUAUCCAAUAUGGAGUGCCUUCUACUCCAGAAAAAUUAUUCACUUUGAUGAACAAGGCAACUCUGAACAUUGGUGGCAACACAAUAAAUGCUCAGGCAAUAGAGCAAUAUAUUUUGAGGAAACCAAAUUCUUCUAACAAGAGUGAAAAGGAUGAGAAAGAAGGUAUAGUUCGGAAGCUUUAUGGACUUGAAUCUAUGGAUCCUAAUGUCACAUUUGCUCUUUGUUGCGGAACACGUUCUUCUCCUGCUGUGAGAGUAUACACAGGUGAUAAUGUUACGGGCGAGUUAGAGAAAUCUAAGCUAGAGUACUUACAAGCAUCAAUUAUAGUGACGACCACUAAAAGAAUUGCAUUUCCUCAACUUUUACUCAAAAAUACGUUUGAUUUUGCAUUGGACACUAACUCCUUAGUGGAAUGGGUUUGUCACCAAUUGCCUACUUCUGGCUCUUUAAGAAAGUCAAUUGUCGACUGCUUUAGGACCCAAAAUAGUGGCAAAAUCGCUACUAUUUCUGUGGAUAAAUUACCAUAUGACUUUGAGUUUCAGUAUCUUUUGGCAAUUUAGUCCCAUUUUUUUUAAUAUUGUAAUUGAUGCUUUUACAAAAUUUAUUACAAUGUAUAUAGAAACUUGGAGAGCGAGAAUAAAGAAUAUACAUAGUGUGAGUUUGUAUUGGAAUGAAAGUAUUCAUUAUUAUAUUGUCUAACAAAAUCUUCCUAAUUCA